AUGGUCUUUAAGACAGCAAUGGAAAUAUCAUUCUUACAAAGGCUGCCCAAGUACAAGAUUAAAACGGUUAUGACUAUUGUUACAGGAUUUCAAUUUGUACCACUUACAGGUUCUUCAAUGAAAGUGUACACGUUUUAUCAAAUCAAUGCAUUAUCAAAAGAAGUUAUCUCGAUAUUAACCGACGGAAUAUUUAGCUAUUGCUUGUGCGAUUUUUCCCGAAAUUUAACCAUGCAAUGUGUUGUACUUUCAGAAGUGCUAUUAGCUUUGGAUGUUUAUCUUUCGAAUGUGCGUGCCGUUUCAGGGCUAACAGUUCCGCCUAGGCAUUUCGACCCUAAUCAUAGUGUAUUUAAACCGAUAGCCCAUGUCAUCACUGCCGAUUUACCCACUUACUCAUUUAACCCAUUUUAUUUGUUAUAG